AUGUGGGGCUUGGAUCUAUAUAUCUGCAACUACCACGCUGUUCGUCACACCAGUCUGUAUUCCAGCUUGAAACUGCUCGAACCUGCAGCGCCUCUGCAUUUCCCUCGACCGAUUACCAACAUGGCCAACCCCGCAGCAGCUCUCCCCAAGUUCGACGAUCUCCCCGAGAAGCGCCGGUUCUGGCCUGCGCCUGCGGGGUCGGAGGACGAGGGUCUCGGAAUGCUACGUUUGCUUACGAAGGAAGUUGUGGCAGAUGCGGCGCGCACACAGAUCCAAACGGGCGAGCGUGUGUGUCUGAACUGGGAUAUUGAGAACUUGAGUCCUCCAGGAUUCGGCCGCAAGCCCUUUGAACACCGCAUUAAGUGGGUGGCCGAAGGCCACGCCUUCGACGACGAGUAUCAUUUCAACCCGCAACAAUCGUCUCAAUGGGACGGUCUCCGUCACCACAAUGCACCAUACCCGACACCAGAGAACCCUGAGCGUCGAGUUUUCUACGGCGGCACCACAGCUGAAGAAAUCAAAGACACCGACUCCCCGCGCAUCGGCAUCGGGCACUGGGCGAAGAAAGGCAUCGCUGGUCGCGGCGUGCUAAUCGACUACGUCUCCUACGCUGAGAAGAAAGGCAUCAGCGUAAACGCGCUCACUCGCCAAACUAUCUCCCUCGACGAGGUGCUCGAGAUCGCCCGCGAAUGCAACAUCACCUUCCAGCACGGUGAUAUCUUCUUCCUACGCGUUGGUCUGCCGGGAACAUGGGCGGCGAUGUCGGCCGCGGAGCGAAAGGCGUACAGCGAGCAAUCGAUGCCUCAGCAUGCGGGCAUCGAGCAGAGCGAGCGGGUCCUGCGCUUUAUGUGGGAUAAUCACUUUGCAGCGGUUGCGUCUGAUGCUGUUAGUUUCGAGGUCUUCCCAGCUCGCUCGCCGGAACAUGAUCUGCACCACCAUCUGCUGGCUGGCUGGGGUGUGCCGAUUGGGGAGAUGUUUGAUUUGGAGGAGUUGGCGGCGACGUGCAAGCGGUUGGGUCGGUGGAGUUUCUUUAUUUCGAGUAGUCCGUUGAAUUGCAAGCGGGGAGUUUCGAGUCCGCCAAAUUGCAUGGCGAUUUUCUAG